AUGGCGAAGAUCACUACAAUUUCCAGCAGCGCAGAGUUUGCUGAUAUAUUGAAACAAUCGCGGGUUGUUGUCGUAGACUUCUUUGCCGAAUGGUGCGGGCCCUGCAAAGUAAUCGCGCCUCUGUACGAGCAAUGCGCUGAUUCCUUCUCGAAACCCGGCGCCGUGACUUUCCUCAAGGUCGACACUGAUAAGCAAAAGGACAUCGCUCGGGCUUACCAAAUAUCAUCUCUACCCACCUUUCUUCUCUUCCGUGAUGGAAAGGAGGUGAGCCGGGUUGCCGGCGCGGACCCCAAGAAGCUUCAAGAUAUGGUUACCAAGAUUGGGGACGCCGCUAGUGCCGCCGAAGGCAGUGGCUCUGGGGGCUCCUCAUCGUCAUCUGGAGCUUCUUGGCUGGGUGCUGGGCUCCCCAAGGGCUAUGGCGAUGUCACCAGCCAGAUUGAUCAUAAGGGCUGUGAGCUCCUGAACGCCGACGACGAUGCCGGCCCUGUUCGCGUUUUGUUUGAUUCCGCAAAGCCGAGUGCUUUGACUUCUUCCAGCUCAACCGCCGCUUCUGGUCAGAAGGACUGGAUCGAGAGUGGAGCUGAUGAUCAGCUGCUUCUUUUCCUUCCUUUCCAUGAGGCGGAUGAUACCCCGCCCACGCAAGCCAUCACACUCAGCGCCAACGACUGGAACAAGGACGGCACGGCAAAUAUUAGUCUACGCUUUGUGAAGUUCCAGAACAUCUCGAGUCUAGUCAUUUACGUCACCAAGGGGGAUGGUGACGGCGAGAAGGUGCGCCUUGACAGAGUUAGGCUAGUUGGGGAAUCCGGCGAAAAGAGGGAAAUGGGCAAGCUGGAAAAGAUGGGUGAUCUUCCUGGCGAGUAA